CGCUGCGGCAGCGAAGGCAUGCACUGGGAACCCCCCAGGGCCCCGGGGGUCUCUGCCCUCUGCAGUCCUCUCCUUCUCUUCCAGUGCCUGCUACUGCUCCGAGCCCCAGCCAGCUUGCUUGGGGACCAGACCCGCCGGGUGUUCCUAGAGGUUUUAGAAGGACCCACGGACCCCUCAAAAAGCCUGUUGCACAUCCGGGCUGUGGGAGCCAAUUCUACCAUUCACUACAUCUGGAGCAACCUGGGACCCCCUGCCGUUCUCUUUGUGGCCACAAGCACCCCUAACAGUGUUCUGAAUGUUGACUGGAAGGACCUGCUGUCUCCAGAACCUGAAAGGAGUUUGGUCGUGCUCCCUGCUGAUAGUGUUCAAUUUUCCUCAGCCCUCAUCUUCCCCAGGCUGUUUGAGUUUGACAGUACCAACAGUUCAGAAGUAAAGGAACAAUCCCCAGGAAAGCCCUACCCACCCUAUCUGCUGGCUGACUUCUCCUGGGAUGAUAUCACACUAGACUUAACUACGUUGAGUGCCACUUUCCAGGGUCAUCCUUCAAAGGAUCCCUUGGGAACCUUCACCAAUGGCAGCCUGGCUUUCAAGGUUAGUGCUUUCUCUGGUUCUGGUCGCCAAGCCCAUCUCCCUGGACUCCUGCAUACAGCAGACACCACCCAGCUAGAACUGGUUCUGGAUGGAGCUGCUCCUCGAGGAAACCACUCCCUAUUCGGCCUGGAGGUGGCAACUCCAGUUUUGGAUUCUGAGUGCCCCCAGCUGAAGGAGCAGGAAUCCAUUGAUGAUGAAUAUUGUCCUUCAAUUUUCCAGUUGGAACAGCUACUGUGGCAUUCCUCACCAGGCAGCUUCUUACAGUGGCGGCCAAUAGCCUUCUCACAGAAGCAACUAAAUUGGAAAACAGCUCUAUCCUGCUCAGUAUCACCUCCUGGCCCCACCUUGACCACCCUACUUCCCCAGUCACCUAUUGUCAGAGCCUUCUUUGGCCCCUCUGUUAAUUUCUGCACCUUCAACCUGACAUUUGGAAACUCUUCUAAUUUCGCCUAUGAAGACCAUCGAUACCUCAGUUGGUCAGCUCUCUUGGGUAUAGGAAUCCCUCCAGUGGAUUCCUUCUCUCCUAUGAUCCUGGGAAUCAUGGUGGUGGUUCUGGGGGCCCCUGGACUUCUGCUAGUAGGAGGUGGCCUGAGCCUUCUGCUGUAUCGACAUAGACGCUAUUCAGAGUAUGAACCAAUCAACUGAGGGCCUGACAUCCCCCAGAUGCCUUUCCAGAUCCUCCUCCCUACACCAUACGAGGGUGAGAGCAAGGAUACAUCUUGGAAUAAGGAAAUGAAGACAUCCUGCCUCCUAUUCCUCUGUUUCUGGCCCCUUGUCUUCAUCCUAAUGCCAAUGUCCCUAACUCCUUUCCUUGUUUGUAACACAGCCUUCAAACCUCAGUUUCUUCAGGUCUUCCCUGGACAAAGGGAGAGCAAGAAAACUGGUCAAUGAUGAAAGGGAGAUGGGAUACCUAGCCUAUAGCCUAAUAUUGACCUUCUUGGACUCACUUUCCUCCCAUUCUCUUCUAGUAUUUGGAUUUCAAGUGUGAGCCUUAUCCCAGAAUCAAAUCAUUAAGAAACCCUGAUUUUGGGGUUCCUAAAGAGGUGAAGAUGAAAUAUAUACUUAUUUUUUCACCA